UGCAGGGUGCGGCCGCUGAGCCGCCCGGACCAGGAGUGCUGCAUCGAGGUGAUCAACGAGACCACGGUGCAGAUCCACCCGCCCGAGGGAUACAGGAUAUUCCGCAACGGGGAGUACCGGGAGACGCAGUACUCGUUUAAAGAGGUGUUCGGCACCCUUGUGGUUCAGAAGGAGCUUUUUGACGUGGUGGCUAAGCCUCUAGUGGAAGAUCUCAUCCGUGGGAAGAAUGGUCUCCUUUUUACGUACGGCGUGACAGGCAGCGGGAAGACACACACCAUGACAGGAUCCCCUGGUGACGGAGGGCUUCUCCCGCGCUGUUUGGAUAUGAUCUUCAACAGCAUAGGACCCUUCCAGGCCAAACGAUUUGUUUUUAAGCUUGAUGACAAGAAUGGUGUGGAUGUUCAGGGCGAAGUAGAUGCUCUGUUAGAGCGCCAGAAGAGGGACGCCAUGCCUGUUCCAAAAACUCCGUCUGGCAAGCGACAAAUCGAUCCGGAAUUUGCCGAUAUGAUCAACGUGCAAGAUCACUGCAAAGUGGAAGAAGUCGAUGAAGACAACGUCUACAGUGUCUUUGUCUCCUAUAUCGAGAUCUACAACAACUACAUCUACGACCUCUUGGAGGAAGCUCCCUUUGAGCCGAUAAAACCCAAGUGGAACAAUUGCAACACUCCUGUGCGAAAUGGUGACUUGAUACCUCCACAAUCCAAACUACUCCGUGAGGACCAGAAUCACAACAUGUAUGUCACAGGAUGCACGGAAGUAGAGGUGAAAUCUACAGAAGAAGCUUUUGAAGUGUUUUGGAGAGGGCAGAAGAAGAGGCGUAUUGCCAACACUCAGCUGAAUCGGGAAUCCAGUCGCUCCCACAGUGUUUUUAUAAUCAAGCUGGCUCAGGCGCCGCUGGAUGCUGAUGGAGAUAACGUGCUGCAGGAGAAAGAACAGAUCACUUUAAGCCAACUGUCUUUAGUUGAUCUGGCUGGAAGUGAAAGAACCAACAGAACAAAAGCUGAGGGGAACCGGCUGCGGGAAGCAGGUAACAUUAAUCAGUCGCUAAUGACGUUAAGAACAUGCAUUGAAGUUCUGCGGGAAAACCAGAUGUACGGAACAAAUAAGAUGGUUCCGUACAGAGAUUCCAAACUAACUCAUCUCUUCAAGAACUAUUUUGAUGGUGAAGGAAAAGUGCGUAUGAUUGUGUGCGUUAAUCCUAAAGCUGAGGACUACGAGGAAAGCUUGCAAGUCAUGCGCUUCGCCGAAAUGACCCAAGAAGUCGAAGUGGCCCGGCCUGUCGACAGACCGCUCUGCGGCCUGACGCCGGGGCGGCGCUUCAGGAACCAGGCCUUCCGCGAGGAGCUCGCCCGCAAGCUGGAGAUGCGGGGCGGCCCCGUCAACGGAGAGGCAGAAGAGCAAUUUGCUUCAGAAAUGUUUUUGCAGAACUUCCCUCCGUUGCCUUCGUGUGAGCUGUUGGAUGUUAAUGAUGAUCAAACACUUCCAAAGCUUAUCGAAGUCCUGGAAAACCGCCAUAAACUGCGGCAAAUGUUGUCAGAGGAGUUUGCCAAGAACGUACUUGCCUUUAAAACAAUGCUGCAAGAAUUGGACUCCAGCGUUCUAUCCAAGGAAAACUAUAUUCAAGGAAAACUGUCCGAAAAAGAGAAAACAAUAGCAGGACAGAAAACGGAGCUGGAACGCCUGGAGAAGAAAAUUAAAACUUUGGAAUACAAGAUUGAGAUUUUGGAGAAAACUACGACCAUCUAUGAGGAAGACAAGCGUAAUCUUCAGCAAGAGCUAGAAAGCAAGAGCCAGAAAUUGCAACGUCAGGCUUCUGACAAGCGCAGGUUGGAGGCACGGUUGCAGGGCAUGGUGGCAGAAACAACCAUGAAAUGGGAGAAGGAGUGUGAGCGUCGCGUCGCAGCGAAGCAGCUGGAGAUGCAGAACAAGCUCUGGGUCAAAGAUGAAAAACUGAAGCAACUGAAGGCCAUUGUUACCGAACCAAAACCUGAAAAGCCAGAGAGGCCUUCGCGGGAGAGAGACCGAGAGAAGCCUGUUCAGAGAUCAGUGUCCCCUUUACCAGGGCCUACUGCGCCUCCCGUUCGCCUCAGACACAGACGGUCCCGCUCAGCUGGGGAGAGGUGGGUGGAUCACAAACCACCUUCUCAUCUGCCCACUGAGACAGUCCUGCAGCCCCAUGUCCCUCACGCCAUCACGGUGGCGGCUGCAAGCGAGAAGGCACUAGCUAAGUGUGACAAGUAUAUGCUGACGCACCAGGAGCUAGCCUCCGAUGGGGAGAUUGAGACAAAGCUCAUCAAGGGUGACGUCUUCAAAACCCGGGGCGGUGGCCAGGCUGUGCAGUUCACGGAGAUAGAGACGCUGAAGCAGGAGUCUCCAACGGGCCGAAAGCGGAGAUCGUCGCCUUCCAAUCCUGACCCACCCGAGGACGCUGCAGACUCCGAAUGGACUGAUGUAGAAACCAGAUGUUCUGUGGCGGUGGAGAUGAGGGCAGGAUCAGCUCUUGGACCUGGGUAUCAGCAUCACGCUCAGCCCAA